AUGUUUGCAACGCGUACAAACCUUGUGUUUCCCUCUGGGCUGGAUCAUGCUGUUGCGAAGCUCCCUCUCCCCAAACUCCUUUCAACUCUCGUCAGGCGUCCGAUCUCCCUCUGCGACAUGUUUCGCAGAGUCGCACACGUCGUGUGUCGCGCGGCGGCGUCGCAGGAGGCGGCUGCAACGUUGCAAUGGCGACGCAUAAGAUCCCUGCGAACAGCAGCUGGCAGCGGUGCGACGACCUCCGAUGUGGACGAAUUUAACCAGGAGAUGGAAGCCAUUUUCGGAAUGCUGCCGUCCGACGACCCUCUGCCCUCCCACUCGCCCUCGCAGUUCCCUCCCUCAUCCCACCAUUCUCCGUCACCACCACAACCGAGUUUCCCUUUGGACCAUGAUCGGUGUGCGGUGGCAGUGAGAGCAGAGGCGAGCACGGUGGCUGGGACUGGGGUGGAAAUGGAAGCAUUGACUGCUGCUGCAGUGGCGGCUCUGACUGUUUAUGACAUGUGCAAGGGGGUGAGCAAGGCCAUUGAGAUUGAAUGGGUGAGGCUGGAGGAGAAGAUUGGCGGGAAGAGUGGGGAGUGGAGGAGAGGAGGAGAUUGGGGGGCACGAGGAGAAGGGGGAAGAGGAAAUUAG